AUGGAGGCUCUUACGAAGUCUUUUGUCCGUCCGCCGCUAAGCGCCUCGGCGUCACUUGCCGGCCAGCCGUCAGUCGCCGUUAAAUCGUCCGCUCGCGGCGGGUCUUCGUCUUCGUUCCCGUCAGUCUCGAAGGCGGCCACUUCGGCCGCAAACCGCACCGUCAGGACUUUCGCGCUUCCAAACGAUGAUGACGUCAUCGCCUUAAAUUCCGGAAAAAGUCUGGAGGAGCUCGAGGAGACGAUUCGCCGCAUCGCGGAGGAAAACGAGCAGCUCCGAGCUCGAGCCGCGGCCGCCGCGGCCAAUGCGCGCCGCGCUGAGUCCGCUUUUAAAGGAGAUGUCGACGUUUCAAGGCCGCGCAUGGGAGCCGUGCCGCCGCCGCCUCCGCCGGAGUUCUCGGCGGCGCCUGCGGUCGAGUAUUUGGAUACGACUCUAGGGGGGGUGCCUGCAGCGGAGGUCGCUUCAGUCGAAGCUAAAUACCUCGUCGAAGAGGCGGAGAGCGUGAGGAGCUGGCAGGAGGCGGUGGAACAAAAGGCCGCCACGUCAGCAGCGGCGGAUGGCAACAUCGAGAUUGCCGCAGCAGGCGGGAUCGAGGAUAUCCAGAAGACGGAGAACCCUAUGAGCAUUGUGUUCGUGGCGUCCGAGGUGGCCCCUUACUCGAAAACCGGCGGGCUGGCGGACGUGGUGGGGUCGCUGCCGGUGGCGCUGGCGGCGAGGGGGCACCGCGUGAUGGUGGUGGCGCCGCGCUACAUGAAUGGCGUCACGGACAAGCUCUACGCGGGGGCCUUUGACAUGCAGUGUCGCAUCAAGUGCUUCUGCUUUGAGGGUGCGCACGAGGUGGCCUUCUUCCACGAGUUCAGAGACGGUGUUGACUUUGUGUUCGUGGAUCACCCAUCCUACCAUCGCCCUGGCACGCCCUAUGGGGACCAAAACGGCACGUUUGGCGACAACCAGUUCCGCUUCACGCUGCUGUGCCAUGCAGCCUGCGAGGCGCCACUACAGCUGGAGCUGGGCGGGUUCACGUACGGGGAGAAGGUUCUUUUCAUUGCCAACGACUGGCACGCGGGGCUGCUGCCCGUUCUGGUCGCGUCCAACUACCGCCCCCACGGUGUGUACAAGGAUGCCCGCACCAUCCUUGCCAUCCACAACCUCUCCCACCAGGGCGUGGAGCCAGGCUACACGUUUGGAAGCCUGGGAGUGCCGGGUGACUGGUACGGCGCACUCGAAUGGGUGUUCCCCGAGUGGGCGCGCAAGCACGAGUUGGACAAGGGCGAGGCAGUGAACAUCCUCAAGGGAGCGAUUGUCACUGCCGACAGGAUCGUGACAGUCAGCCCGGGCUACGCGUGGGAGAUCACGACAGUGGAGGGCGGGUGGGGGCUGGAUGGGCUGCUCCGGGGGCGAAGCUUCGUGCUCAACGGUGUGACCAACGGAGUGGACGUGGUGGACUGGAACCCUGCCACGGACAAGCACAUUCCCUCGCAGUACACCGCUGCUGACAUGGCUGGCAAGGCAGCGUGCAAGGCAGCACUGCAGCAGGAGCUGGGUCUCCCUGUCCGACCAGACGUGCCUCUGAUCGGCUUCAUCGGUCGCUUGGACUGGCAAAAGGGCCCUGACGUUAUUCAAGCGGGAGUGCCGGAGCUUAUGACUGACGACGUGCAGUUUAUCAUGCUGGGCAGUGGCGAUGCGGAGUACGAGUCAUGGAUGGCGUGGGCGGAGAGCGAGUAUCGGGACAAGUUCCGCGGCUGGGUGGGCUUCUCCGUGCCUGUGGCGCACAGGAUGACUGCUGGCUGCGACAUUCUGCUCAUGCCAUCGCGAUUCGAGCCGUGCGGGCUGAACCAGCUGUAUGCCAUGCGAUACGGCACCAUCCCUGUCGUUCACGCCACUGGUGGCUUGAGGGACACGGUUCAGGACUUCAACCCGUUUGCCAACGAGGGCAAGGGCGAUGGCACAGGGUGGACCUUCUCACCUCUCACCAAGGAAGCCAUGAUGGGGGGGCUGUGGACGGCCAUUCAGACGUACAGGGAGCACAAGGACUCGUGGGCGCGGGUGAUGGAGAGGGGCAUGCUGCUCCACGUACCCUACUACCUCUCCAUAUACCUUACCACCACUCCUCACACCUUACCACCACUCUACACACAUUUCCACCACUCCACACCCAUGCAGGCGCUGUGGACGGCGAUUCAGACAUACAGGGAGCACAAGGACUCGUGGGUGCGGGUGAUGGAGAGGGGCAUGCUGCAGGACAUGUCGUGGAACAAGGCAGCCGAGCAGUACGAGCAGAUCUUUGGCUGGGCUAUGCAGGACAAGCCCUAUGCUUGA